AUGGCCAGGCUUUAUGACGCAUAUGACCUUGCCCGACAGAUCUAUGCCACCGUGCUCCCUUUCAUUCCAGAAUCCUUCAUCUACAGUCUCAAACACUUAUACGCCCAAUGUUCUCACUUAUUUUACGUGCUCAUUACAUCCCCAUCCAACUUGCAGAAUGAGGUACCGGCCAUCUUGUCCACCCUUGCCCUUGCCAUCUCCCUCUACUGGACCAUUACUUCCACGAUUCGUGCGACGCAAACGGCUUUCAGAGUUACCUUUUUUUUCCUGAAGUACGGGACGAUAGUUGCUACGCUUCUGGCUGUAUUGGGAACGAUAUAUCCUCAGGGUCAAGGCGUAGAGGUCCUUGUGAAUAAUUCUAUUCUCAACAACUUGCCGCGAGCCAUCGUCUCGGGCUGGUAUGCGUUGACGCGGACAGGCGAGGUCCAAAAAGCCAAUGCUUAUCGACAAUCGAAAAGCUCGCGCUCCCAACGAACUUCGCGUGCUGACCGACGGAAACCAUGGGAGAGGUUUGAUUCGGGUCCUUCAUCGGAUAAGCGCUCAAAGACCAACAAAGCUACGUUGCGCAAACACGAAGGCUUUGAGCGACCCCACUCGGACCGUUCAACACACGAAAAUCGUCGGCGGUUACAGAAAACAGACGAGGAAUUGUCGAUCACCAGUAGACUCAUCGGCUCGGUGUUGCGGAGGACGCAGGGAAACGAGGACAUCUUUGAUUGGACAGACCUCGGAAUGGGGCUUUCGGAGUCAUCUGGGAAAUUAUGGGAUGAGUUUAAAACUGCUUUCCUGGGCGCUGCACGUAAAGGCCUCGAUGACGACGAAGAGAACAUAUCUAAUGUUCGAUGA